AUGUCGGAUAUAUCUUUCCGAUCCCGUUCCCGCUCCCGACCUUCUACCCCAGAAGGUCGCUCCCGCUCAUCCUCCUCCCUUAGCGAAGGCCAUCGCUCAAAAUCUCCACAGCGAGAUUUCGACUUUCCCGAACUCACGGGAACAUCUCGACGCAUCUCAGUAACACUAGACAAGUCGCUAAAGACAAAAUUCGAGAUCCUAGCAGCAGGGAAGCACCUUUCGAACGCGGACAGAGCGGAACUACUCAAACAUUCUGCCACGGUGGAAUCACACCUAGCCCAGGUACCCGUACUGGACGAACGACUUCAAGGACUAACGGACUCAAGAAACAGAGCUCAAGUAACAAUCUCCGAAUCCGAGGUUAAGACGGAAUACGAGCUAUGGCUCAACACGCUCAACCUCACGACAAUCUUGAGAGUUCUCAUUCAAAAGGAUGAUCCAGCGGACGAGCCCAAAAAAGAGCGCCUUCUAGGCGUGAUGGAGACCUUAAUUUCGGCAGGAAUCAAAACCAAAUUAUCCCAUCUCCGCGAGACGCAACUACAAAAAAUCGGCAUUCGAAGACCUACGGCCGACAUGCCCUCUUAUAAGAAGGCCCCUCUCUCAAAAGAAUGCACGUUCGACAACGUAACUCAAGAACAUACGCCGGAGAUCUUUGGAAAACAACUGCGCUCAGAUGUCAGCGAGCACCUCCGAGAGGCACAACUCCUGAAGAUAGGUAUUCGCAGAACAGCAGCAGCAGACAUGUCGUCGUACAAAAAGGCCGCACUAUCCAAGGAGUGUACCUUCGACAACAUGACACAGGAGCACACGCCCGAGAUUUAUACCACCAGCUAA